GGGUUUCGUUACCAGGAGAGCAGCUAGCAAUGCAUCCUGGGCUUUGUAGUUUUUCUGGGAAGAAACAGCCCUAACGCGCCUUCCUUACCCGCCCUGGGGAGCUAAGAUUAUUGUUGAAGGCGGCGGCCUGUGGCUUCCCUGAGUUUCCCAGGAGGCCCUGCGGAGGCGGCGGUUGCGAGGAAACGCGCGCGCGGAGAGGCUGGGUGAACCUUGGCGGGACGCUACAGCUGCCCUGGCGGAGUGUGAGGGGCUGUUGGGCAGCCCGCGGCUCCGGCUCCAGAGCCUCAGGGACUGAAAGCACCCCAACGCCAUGAAACAGCGGAAGGGUCCGGGAGCUGGGGGUGGACGCAGCCGCAAGAAGAAAGGUCUGAGUGAUAUUUCACCAUCCACAAGUCUACCACCUCUGGUUGAAGGUCAGCUGCGAUGUUUUCUGAGACUAACCAUUAGUAAAAUACUCUGGAUGGUUGUGAAGCCCCCAACUCCUGUUCUCAUCCGAGUGAGAUGGUGGGGGGAGACAUCAGAUGGAACUAUAUUUUGUCCCAGGGAUGCCUCCCUAAUUGAACAAAAAACUGUGAGAACAACAACCCGUUAUGCUAUUCGUUGUGGACCAAAGCAGUUUACUUCUUAUCUAACAGAUAUGGCUGCCCUUGUCCUGGAAGUAAUUACCAAACCUGAUCACCUCCCUGUGGGGAGAGCCCAAAUCAGUGGAUUGUCGAAGUUGUCUCCAACUUAUCCAAUCAGUGGAUUUUUUACAAUUGUCUCACCAACAUCCAAGAAGCUUGGAGAGAUCCAGAUAUUGCUUGCAUUAGAACCUUUGUCAGCAACUUUUGACAACUGUAGCUCUUUCACCACUGACAUGAGUGGAGAUGCACUGUUGCUGGAUCAGGGAUUCAGAGAAAAUGUUGAACCCAGCAAACCUCAGCUUUCUGGGAUGACACGGUCUCAUAGACUUCCUGUGACCAACACUGGUGGGAAAGAGUCAUUAACAAGUAGUAGAGCUACCACUCCCAGGGGAAAGGACCACUUAUACUUUCCAGAGAACUCUGUAGUGGAUUCUUUCUUGGGACCACAGACUCAUCUUAAUUCCAAGCAGCUUUUAGAGGACAAAACAGUAGAACAAGAACCUGUAAAGAAGCAGGUAUCUUGUCCCGCCAUCUCAGUACAUGACAAUCACAUUAAGAGAGCUGCAGAGAGUCACAGUGACUCACAGGUUCAUCCUUUGAACAACCCCCCCACAAAAGACCUUCUCUCAGCUCUUUUGGAGCAAGGCAAUAAACUCCGAAAUGCCAUGGUGGUUUCAACAAUGCAGUCCUGUCCAGAUGCUAAUAUAUUGAGAGAAGUUCAUUCUCCAAGAAAACAGUCUCUCAAAUCAUUAGCUCAUGUCAAACCGGCGUCUGGGAUUGGCCCUAAAAACCCAUUGAUUUCUGGGAGCAUGCACACAGUUGAAGAUUCCCUCCUUCCAACUCAAAGUAUCUUUCGUGAACAUGACCCUCAAAUUGAUGCCAAAGCAAUACAGCUGCUUCUGGGCAGGGCUGACAAGUCCUCCAGGCAUUAUUGGGAUGGCUUAGGUUCCCCUCCUGAGUCCCUCUCACCUGGCAGUGAUGAAUACUAUAGCAGUGAAUUGAAUGAUCCUCAAUAUGAUCUAAGUCUGCUAGAGAGCUUGUUUUACAUGACGUCGAAAGCUGAUUCCAGUGGGAGUGAUGUUCACAGUGAAGAUGAUGACAAAAUGCCACCUGAGAAAAUAGUCCAGUCAAGAAAUAUUGCCCAGCAUCCCAAGGCAGUGAAUUCGAGUCAUCAUGGUCAAAAGACAACAGUGGGAAAGAAACCUAAAAGUUCUGCUGUGCAACCAACCUGCUCAGAGAGUCCCAGGAAAACUGAAGUGAUCACACUGAGUUUAGAUAGACUGGCCCUGUUGGGUCGGAUACGCUCAGCCAGAGUUGUCAUUGAAGCACUGGGAGUGCCCCCAGAGAGUCCCCAGGUGACCCCAGGCAAAACAAGCAUACCUGCCAGACCACCCAGAUCAAACUCAGCCAGAAAGCGCACUUUCUUUGUGGAAUACCACUUUCCUAUUGAUGCCUCCAGAAGUGACACAGAAGAUAUUUCAGUGACCACAGAAAUUAUCCGACUAGCUUCCAGUAAAAUUACAGGGGGAGUAGUGAAAUUUCAGCAGCGAUACGUGUUCCCUGUACGUUUUGAUGGAACAAUGAUAGAACACUGGUGGAAAGCUGAUCUCACUUUCAAAAUAUACAUGAAGAGAAGCACACAGAGAAAGGCAGAGUUAAUUGGUUCAGCAGUGCUUCCUCUGCAAGAGGUCAUUUGCUCAAACCUGCUCUCUUUCAGUGGCCAGCUGCCCAUGGAGGAGAAAAGCCAGGCAUCAUUUGGACCUCUCAAGGUCUCAGUACAGCUUGCAGUUGAUAGCAAAGAUGUUAAUGGCACAAACUCUAAGUCACUCAGUGGUACCCAGCAGCCUCCAGUGGCUGUUCCUACAAGCCCGGCCAAACAAUUCCCAGGAGCAGGUCAAAGUGCUGCCCAUGGCAAAAAUCCUCAAGCCUGGACUAAAGUUAAUGAAGUUACUUCAAAGCAAAAAGAAUACUUAGGACACUGGGACCCAGAUCCAGCCUGCCUCACUGGACUGAAGCCAUCAAUACCCAGGGCUUUGUCACCCUCCAACAGCACAGGAAUUCUAAUAGACAAAUCAGCAGAAGAAAAACCUCUGCUAUUACAUGUCUUGUUGAUGGUGCCUGAUGGAAAAGACUUUGUUACUGGAACAUCUGAAAAGCAGCAAACAUGCAAUGUAUAUUUAAACUGUAAACUCUUCAGUACAGAGGAGGUAACGAAAUCCGCUAUCAUAUGGGGCACAACACAGCCAGCUUUCAACUUCACCCAGGUAACACCUGUCUCUUUGACCCCCAAGUGUCUGGAAAGACUCAAGAACAAUGUAAUGGUAAUUGAGGCAUGGAACAAGGUUCGGAGCCCAGGACAGGACAAACUGCUUGGGCUGGUGAAGCUCCCUCUCCAUCAGUUUUAUGUGUCAUUCAGAGACCCCAAGAUUUCUCACCUGCUUCUUGAAGCUCAGUACCCAGUGGUUGCAGUUGACAGCUACAUACCGGUGAUAGAUGUGUUCACAGGACAUCAGAAUGGAAGCCUUCGGGUAUUUUUAGCUAUGGGCUCUGCUAAUCAGAUAACAGCCCUGCAAAGGUUGAAGAAUGAAGAUGGACCAGUCCCUUCCUACAACACCAGGCCAGCUCAUUUUCUGGACCAGCCACAUACAUCUCUUGUUAUGCAAAGAGAUGGUCAGGGAGAUGGACUGAUAGAGCAUCAAUUCGAGAUCCAUGUGGAAAAAGUUAAAGGACUCAUCCCCCUCCAGUCGACAGUCUGGGGAGAAGCAGAUUGUUAUGUCCAAUACUGCUUUCCUAUUCAAGACUCAAAGGAUAGUGCAUUAAAAGGAACUAAGUUACCUGAAAGUGGAAUUACUCUAAAGCCUUUUCGUUCAGCAACUACACUGUGUGUCCCUGACCCCAUCUUCAACCACAAAUACCUUCAUUCUCUCUUGCUUCCACCGGAAAUCCCAGUGCAGAGGCUUUUGCUCAGUGCCUUCUCAGUGUGCGGGCUGGUGCCUGGAGGAGGAGUCCAGUUUGAAAUCUGGUGCAGGUACUAUUAUCCCAACGUCAGAGAACAAAUGGUUGCCAGAGGCUCAUUGCCAUUAUCCCGACUGUGUGCCAUGGUGACCAUGCAGCAUCAUGAGAAUGUGGGACUACAGACCUUUAACCUACCUUUAUUCCCCAGAUCAGAGAACAAGGAUGAAUUCCAGGCCCAGACAGCAGGUCUGCUAGAUGUGAGCUUAAGGUACAGACACACAACCAGGACAUCGGGAGGAAUCAUUGCUGCUCGAGCAGUCUCUAUCUCAGUGCACAUUCACAGAGCCAGUGGCUUACAAGCAGCAGCGAGAGUCAUCGCUGAGCAGGAGCCUUCUUUGCGAUACAGUGCAACAGUAGGUGUUAAUACUUCAGUUACCACACAUCUCUCCUUCCUGCCCAAGGGAGAGCAACGGCAAACCCACCCUGUGGCCCGCACCUUCUGCCCUGAAUUCUCUCACCACAUGGAGUUCCCCUGCAAUCUGGUGACCCAACACAGCAGUGGUGAAGCCUGUUUUCUGGCAGAGCUGUUAGAAUUUGCCGAGGUUACUUUCUCUUUGUAUCACCAAGACACAAAGCCAGGUAGUCACUCAGAUCACAUUCAGCCUUUAAGAGAGUAUCUCCUUGGAAUAGUCAGGAUUCCAAUGAAAGAUUUGCUUAUCAAAAGGUCAGGAAUUACAGGGUGGUAUCCAGUCAUCUUGCCUGAGGACCUGGCUCCAGCACAAAACACAGACAUCAUGCAGAUGAUCGUGGGUGGCCUGGAGCUAUCAGUUUCCUUUGCCCAUUCUGGUGAUAGAGAACGAGUCUUGGAAGCUGCUAAACUUCUGGGCUGGAAUUUUGAGGAAAACCCUGCUGACCUCCUCACAGAUGUUGAGGAGUGGCCAGCUACCAUCACCAUCUCCACCCCAAGAGCAUGGCUGCCCACCCAUUGUAUGUUACUGGCUGGCCAGACACAUAUCCACAAAGCUACCCAUUGCUAUCUUCGCUAUAAGCUAUAUGACCAAGAGGGGUUCUGGACCCCACUCAGAAAACCAAAGUUAACCACAGAUGAAAAACAAGUCACAGUGACAUUCACGACGACCAAAAAAGUAGAUGUUAACAUGGGACCAUCCCUGCUUUGGUACUUCAGGGAAGAGAAACUGGAAAUCCAGGUGUGGAGGUCAUAUGGGAAUGACAGUGUGGAAAGGCCCCAUCUGACAGACACCUUGAUUGGGUCAGCCUGUGUGGACCUUUCCAGGCUCUGUGUGAAGACAACAAAGACAGUGACUGUUAGCGGUGUUUAUCCUGUGUUUGGGCGAGGUGCCUCCAACUUGUCAGGGGCAGCAGUUCGAGUUCACAUUGUUGUCGCUGCAGAAAAGUAUGCUUCUUUUCCCCCGGGGCCUGCUCACCAGCCUAACUACACAGAAGACAGCAGUAAUAGUGACUCAGAAGGGAUUUCCCACCAAGAGGACCGUGAAGAGCCUGAAAAGAGUGACUCCAAGAAGCCUUCUUGUUCUGAGGGCCCCCAGGCAAAGAGUCCCCCUGCUGAAGCAGGCACAGUGGAUCUGGAAGGCACAUUUGCUGUCAGCAUCUUAGUGGAAAGAGCAAUGCACUUAAGUUUAAAAGGAAGCCCCCUGACUGAACGGAAUGUCACAGCACCCAGUUGCUGUGUGUCAUUUGCUGCUGCUGAUGUGAGAUCCCCAAUAUAUACUCCUGUGAUUGAGAAUACAGACUCACCUGUGUGGGACUUUCAGCAGGAAACCAGGUUAUCCAAAGAACUUCUACUAGACUCCCAACAAACCCUGGUCUUCAAAGUUUGGCAUAAAGCAGAUGUGGAACGGGUGAUUGGCUUUGCUUCUGUGGACCUCUCACCUCUUCUCUCUGGAUUCCAGUUUGUUUGUGGCUGGUACAAUAUUGCAGACUUCAGUGGACAAUGCCAGGGGCAGAUUAAAGUUGCUAUCUCCCCCCUGGAAAGCAUCAUUCAUCUCAAAGAAGAAAGGCUAGCAAGGCAGGGGGCCAAGGUGUCUGGCUUAACACAGAUUCCAAAGUAUAGUCCAUUUUCCUUCUCAACCUCUGCAUUUCCCAGUUGCAUGGGAAGAUAUUCCCUAGGUCAGCCAGCCCAUGGCUCUUCAAAAGAUAUUAAUGUGUCUUCUCCUAAGAGAAGUGGACCUUUGAAAAGCCAGACAUCUCGUCAUGAAGAGCAUAUGCAGAAUGUUCGCAGAUUUCAUGAAUCUUUGCAGCAAGCUGAAGGGAUUAUUCAGAAUGACAGCCAAGUGGACCCACUAGCUUUUUCAUCCCAUAAUUCACUCCUGACCUCUCUCAGGAAAAACCUAAAUGAACUAGAUCAGAUUCAGAAGUACUUUAACCAGAAGUUAACCAAGUCUUAUCCUCAGCUCACUUUCAGCCACUCAGCCCAGCCACCCCAGGAGAGCAGAGACAGUCAUCAAGGAACUGAGACAAGGAGCCCGGACUUCGGGAGCCUCCACAUUUUAGAAAAAUCAAAUUACUUGGUAUCUCAAGUCAGCACCCUGAUUACUGAUCUGCAGACCCUAACCAAGGAUUCUCCAUCGUUGUCAAAUAUUCAUCAGGUAGAGAAUGAAGACCCUGAAGGCAAGAGCUUCCUAAGGACUUAUAGAGCAGAAGAUAAAGAAGAGAGAAAUGCUGUACCCCAGGACCAACCCUUCCCUCUCUCUCUUGAAAUACCACCACUUGGAAAGAAAACACUGGGUAAGUUCCUAGAACAAGAAGCAAAAGAAAAUAACCUUCCAUUGGCCUCAGAAGUGAUUGAGAUUGAAGAGGAUUCUGAGGUAGUCCAAACCUCCAGUGAAGACGACUAUGAAGAAGCUGUCAUAGAACCCAGAACCCUCAAUGAAAUUACAACCAUGACAGAUAAGACCAGUCCUUGGUCUAGUAUUACAUCAGAAGAAGAUGUAGGAGUUGACCUUCUGCCAAGAGAGGUAAAGAAAGAUGACCUUUCUACUUCAAUCUCAAAACACUCCCUCAGAGAAGACCAGAGUGUCGAGAGUAAUUUCCACCCCAGGAUGCAACAGGACAGCUGCUUGCAUCUACCCAACAAGAGCCAGAUUUCCCCUGGUCCUGCGGCAGAAACAGACAUUGUCUGCAGAGUGAGUACAGAUAUCGGUCAUCAUCACAAGAGCUCCAGAGCAGAAGCGUUAUCUCAAGUAGGAGAUUCUAGCAAGGGCAGAAGGUUCUCUCUGGUCCUUGAAACAGCACAGGAAGAGAAGCUGGAAUCCAGUGAGUCGAAUGAUUCUUCAGACAAUGGAGAUUUUGCUCUUGAUCAAAUUGUCUCAGUUCCCCGAGCUGGAACCUCCUGUUUAGAUGAGAACUGUGAAAACAAGAGUAGCAGUCAUGACAAGAAGCUGUCUACAGUGUUGUCAUCAUCCAGAAGUAGUGAAAAGCCUGACGUCCUCUUGGCAGAGUCAGAGAAGUCCCCAAAGCAGAGCCUCCUACUACCAGAGCCAUUGGUGGUCCCUAAUUUCUUCCUUUCACCCAAGCACUUGGAGGAGUCAAUGAGGAUGCUCUCCCUCUCUGCAGCUUCACCAUCAAUCAUGGUCCAUCAGCAGUCCCUGUCUCAGCAGGGGAAGAAUGUGCCAAGGAGGGGAAAGGGAAGAAAUCAGUCUACAAAGAGCAUCCAGCACCAAAGGCCUGGCCGGCCCAGACCAAACCUGCCCCCACCAGAUCUGCCCAGAAAAGAGGCACAGAGGAUCGCCAAGAUCUUCUCUUCCCAGUAUUCCCAGAAGGACUAGACUGUACCCAACCCCUCACCCCUUUCCCUAAUGUACCCCAAGCACAACCACAAAGGAGAGGUCAGAUAUGCCUGCCUCUGGCAACCACUCUGCCACAUACCAGAUAAGGAAUCUCCAGGCCAGGGAUCCCAACCAUCCCUCAUGAGGCUGAUGGGGAUGACAGUUGGAAUGCACGUGCCACGGAGAGAGCAGAUCCUCCUUUGUGAACAAGGAAUCAGAGCGGGAAGCUUCCCACAGAACUCUCUUUCAUGGAGUAACCACAGCAGUGAGCCCAUUCAAGAUGGGGUCUCUGCCCUUGGAUGCUGUAUCCACCCACAGCUGAGUCUGCUCAAACUACUGGAAAGGGUAGGAAUAGAAUCAUUUUGUUAGAUUGUGUGAACCACUGGGGAAAGGGGAAAAUCACCCCCUUAGAAGUUUUUUUAGGAAAUUGUCUUAAAUGAAAACCAUGCUUUUAACUUAUUGUCUUGGACUCGGGGGAACCUCAACCUGUCUCAAUAAAGCCGUUUGUACUUGUGUCCUGGGCACUGCUAUUCCCAGGGAUUGAUUUUGGUUUUUCUUAAGAGAAUGUUGAAUUUGGGGCCUUCACCACCAAGAUCACCUAGGCCCUCUGUCAAAGCAAUGCCCACCCAAUGGAGAGGUUCUGCAAGGAGAAAGACCAAGCCAGAUGCCAGUUCCACCAGGAUUUUGAGUGCUUAAUAACAGUGCCCAUUUCUCUAACAGUUUACAAAGUAUUUCCCUCACAACAAUCUUCAUGGUAAGGUAGGUAUCAUGGAUUAUUAACUCCAUUUAACAGAUUAGAAAACAGCCUACUAAUACACAACAGAGCCAGAAUUCAAACUCAAGACUUCUGAUUCCAAGGAGUUGGAAUGUAAAGUUGUAAAGAUCUAUCAUACCACACUGCCUUUUGCUACUCUCUUUCUGCCACAUUGGCCUUUCCCAGCCAGCCUUAGGGACUUGCUUUUUCAUGGACACCCUCUUCUUACCACUUUGUUUAGCUGAGAGUAAGGUGGGAUUUUCUAAUAAUAACUAAGGGAAACAGGCAUAGCAUGGAUAAGAAGGUUUGUCUUGAAGUCAUGAAAACCCAAGUUCAAAUCCUGCUUCUGACAUAAAACUAUUUGAUCAGGGAUAGCCACUAUAUUUCUAGUGGGAAGAUAUAUGCACAACAUUUCAGAGUAAGAAGAAACUUGAGCACUCAUCUAGUCUAACUCAUAAUCAGAAAAGAAUCCCCCCUACUACACAGUGAACAAGUGGUCAUUCAGCCCUUCCUGAAGACCUCUAAUGAAAGGGGUUUCAUAGGUUGUGCAGAGAUGAUAGGGCAAUAGUACAGUGACUGGCUCAUGCUGCUUAAAUAUACCCAAUUAACAGUCGGCUACUUCCAGAUUAUUUGAUAUUUUAAGCGUUGGUCUUUUCUAUCAUUAGUUCUAAGUGAGGCUGAGCACCACCUUCCCUGGUUCUUGGGCUGGAAAUGGUAAAUCUCCUCUACACAUGCACUCUUUUUCUUGUUUGUUUUGUUUUUUGGCAGGGCAAUGAGGGUUAAGUGACUUGCCCAGGGUCACACAGCUAGUACCUGUCAAGUGUUUGAGGCCAGAUUUGAACUCAGGUCCUCCUGAAUCCAGGGCUGGUGUUUUAUCCACUGUGCCACCUAGCUGCCCCAACACAUACACACACUCUUGAUGUUGAACUCCUAACCUUGUUUGGACUUUAACUUACUAGUUGGUUUUAGAAAUGCUUGCUACAGUUGAGGGCAAUCUCACUAUCAUUUCUAGUCUCCUCCCCAACCAGGUGACUUCCCAAUAGUAAUCAACCCAGGAUACAAAAAGGGAUAACACUGAACGAGAGAUAUGAUUUAUAAAUAAAUAUAGGGGGGUGGCGCCAAGAUGGCAGAGGAAAGACA